CGCUGCUGCCUUGACGGAGAUGGCGUUCCCGGUGGCUGUCCCACGCCCGAGACCCAUCCUCCGUCUGGACCGUCUCCACCUCACCCCCAUCCGCGCCGCCGCGGCAAGAACCCCCGUUCCCCAGCCCCUCCCCGACGAGCUCCAGCUCGUCGCCGACGUCCGCUCCCCGCACAACCACAUCCGCGUCGCUGACGUCUCCCCGCGCGCUGCCGGCCACCCCCUCGCUGGCGCGCGCCUCCUCCUCCUCGACGGCCCGGGCAACAUCCACUCCGUCUCCUUCCCUCGUCGCCCCUACUGCCCCCUCACUUCCACCUAUUUCGACGUCUUCGCCACCCUCCCGCCUCUCCUCCCGCGCCCAUCCCUCGCCGUCCUCGGCUUCGGCGCGGGCUCCGCCGCCCGCGCGCUCCUCCAUUUCUACCCGGACAUAUCCGUCCAUGGCUGGGAACUCGACCCCUCCGUCAUCGCCGUCGCCCGGGACUUCUUCAGCCUCGCGGAGCUCGAAAAGGACCACGCCGGCAGGCUGGUCAUCCACGUCGGCGACGCGCUGGAGGCCGAGGCCGUGCCGGGAGGCUUCGGCGGCGUGCUGGUGGAUCUGUUCGCCAACGGGAGCGUGCUGCCGGAGCUCCAGAAAGCGGACACCUGGCGCCAGAUAGGCGGGAUGGUGGCGCCGGGAGGGAGGAUGAUGGUGAACUGCGGCGGGGGCUGCGUGGAGGCGGAGGAGGAGGGGCGAGACGGCGAGGCAGUGAAGGAUGCGACGCUGCGGGCGAUGGCGGCAGCGUUCGGGGAGGGAAUGGUAGCGGUGCUGAGCGUGGAUGAAAGUUGGGUGGCGAUGACAGCGCCGGUGGCGUGGGCAUCGGAGGAGGCGGCGGCGUGGAAGGCUCGGCUGCCGCCGGAGCUGGGCCACUAUAUUGACAUGUGGAAUCCGUACAAUGGCAAUGGUGACAAAUGAAUAGAUGGGGAUUAUGCA